CUCCUGUUCCUUAAACGUCAGUUCCCUUUUGUAACAGUUUUAUUCUCAGCACAGAGUGUCUGUGUCUCAGUCAGAAAAAGGGAAACCUCACACAAGUAACAUUAGUCUGUGGCUUUCUGAGUUACCAGAAAUUAGCUUGGGACACAUUUCCAGCUGUGCUUCUAUCUGCUGCCUGUCUUGCUGCCCCUAUCAUACAAGAUCAACACCAGAAAUGGAGAAAACGUUUAAAAGAUGUUUGUUGGAGAGGAUGCCUCCCAUAAUGCACCAACCCUUGAUUCAGUUUAUCAUUACUGGCUUGCUGUGGCUUGGGACAUCAGGGCAGUCAGUCAGAUUUACUGUCUCCUCAGUAUCAUCCGUGUCUGUCCCUAUCGGUUCCGAUGCCACUUUAUAUUGUAAUCGGGUUCCUGAGAUGAACGCAGAGAACAUGGAAAUUAAUUGGUUCAGAACGUCAUACAUUCCUUAUGUGCACAUGUACAAUAGAGGAGCGGAAGAUAAGUCAAAACAGAUGGCGCAGUUUGCUAACAGAACUAAACUCCUAAAACAGAACAUCACUAGAGGCGGCAUGGCGUUGCUUAUCAGGAAAGUCACAAUUAAAGAUUUGGGAAAAUAUUAUUGUUAUUUUGAGUCUGAUGAUCACCAUGGCAAAGCAACUGUUGAGUUAAAAGGCACUGUUAUUGGUAGUGUGCCCAAUGUUUCAUAUACAGAACUAAAUGGCUUUGUAGUCUGUGAGUCAUACGGAUGGUUCCCCCAACCUUAUGUGAUAUGGACUGACAGUGCUAGAAACCCAUUAAACUCAUCAUGGACAGAAGUGUUAAGAGAAGAUGAUUUGUUUGGUGUGACCAGCGUUAUCCCAGUAAUACCCGGCUCCAACAUUACCUGCACUGUUACAAACUAUAUAACUGAAAGCAGACAGUCCAGCGCACUCAUCCCAGAAAUCUAUACAGAGAUAAAGCCUUCUCCAGAGAGCUGCAAUUGGUAUUUUUACAUCAUCAUCAUCAUCUCCUGUGUAUUAAUUAUUUGCAUGGUAUUAUUAUGUAUAUUUUACCUAUGGAAAAAAGCUCAAGAAAGAAAGUGUUCUGCUGAAACUGCUUUGCCUCCUGAAAAUGAAAUCCUAUGGGAAAGAGGUCUGUGUGGUGCCUGAUGCCUUAUAGAAGAAAGUACUGUUGAAGGAGAAGUCCUUUUUUUUUUUUUUCAAAAAUGCUAAUUCAACCCUUAAUAAAUCUGCCCCAUAGAAUUUACUCUAUAGAAACCUUUUUUAGUCUAUAAUAAAGGCUCCAUACUGUAUUUUGGGAGACUUUUUUUUACUUAGUGCACUCUGUACUCCUUUAUUAUCCCCUAUGAAUAAGGCAAGUGGUGCAAGGCAUUCUACAGAUCCUACAAAUAAGAUUGGUAAAAAUUGAGAGAAAUAGAGGAAAA